GUCAGUGACGUAUAUGCGACUAGAUUGAAUCCAACGCUGAUUCAACAUUCAAGUUAGCAAGCAUUGUUUGGAAGAUAAUAGUAUGUUUUACAAAAUCAAAUAGUUGUGCUUUCGGUUCUCCCAUAUAAGAAUAGUUGUUGUAUUUAUACACACUUCAGCAAUCUGGAUGAAAAUGACCGAUUUAGCAGAUUCCCUGACCAAAGAGGGCUGGUACCUCAGUGAUGAAGGCAUAGCAGAACUCAGAGGAUCUGCAGAGAAAAUAACACACAAUGACAUCAUUCGCAUUGCACUCGAUAGUGACCUAAGGCCUUUGGGGAGAAAAGUUCUACCAUCUGAUAUCAAUAGUGGAAGAACUGAGAGGUUUGAGGGGCCGUGUGUCCUCCAGGUGCAGAAGGUGAGAAACAUCUCAGCUCCUAAGGACAAUGAGGAGUCCCAUGGUGCCCCACGAAUGCUGCGCCUACAAAUGACAGAUGGACACACCACCUGUGUUGGAAUAGAGUUUAAACAUCUGUCUAAGAUCAGUCUCAAUACACCCCCUGGAACAAAGGUGAAGCUUCUUGGUGCUGUCCAGAUUAAAAAUGGUUUUCUGCUGCUCGAUGACUCAAAAAUUUCUGUCCUUGGCGGAGAAGUCGAUCAUAUGGUGGAGAAAUGGCAGCUACAAAGGAACAAGUUCCCUUUAUCCUUCAACCUGCAGAGUCUGGCCAAACACAGCAGGAGUAACAUUGGAGCAGAAGGUGGACCUCCUCCCUUUGUGCCAUUUGGUCAGAAAAGUGCAAGGAACGACGACAUAGACAGCAGAGACCUCGACCAGAGGAAGACCCUUCAGACUCUUCAGAACGUGGCGAAGAACGCAGACGAGAACGAUGAGUUUGAGAAGCAGCGGACAGCAGCUAUUGCCGAGGUGGCAAAGACAAAAGAGGGACCACGGUCAUUUGGUGGCGGAGGAAACGCAGGCAGUAAUUUGUCCAACGCCACCUCGUCUUACCGAAGCCGAGACCCCUACAGUCAGAGGAGGAGAGAAGACAAGGUUGAAAGACCACAAAGCAGACAGGAAGGAAACUACAGAGAGCUGGUGGAUGAACGCGCUUUGAGGGACAUCAUGGAGAUGGGCUUUAACAGAGCGGCUGCUCGACAGGCCCUAAUGGAUCAUAAUAACAACCUCGAAGUGGCACUAAACAGCCUACUGACCGGAUCUUCUGGAAGCAGACCAGGCUCUGUGGUAGCUGAAUCUAACAAGCCGGCACCCAGAGCCAGAGGAAGGGGAAGAGGCAGGUCCAGAAAUGACGAUGAGGAGGAAGGAGCAGGGGGAAGACCGUCGGGACCAAGCACCCUGUUUGACUUUCUGGAAUCUAAGAUGGGCGCUUUCUCCAUCGAUGAGCCGAAGAGGCACCAAGACGACAAAGCACACUUCUCCUUCUCAGAGUAUCACACCAAAGAAGCACCUCAUACCAAGUUCUCCUCGCAUAAUGAUCACAGGCAACAAAGGAAUGACAGACCGCCUCGCUUCAACAGGGACACAGACUUCCCCAAACCGGGCCAGGAGCCAGCCUCGAACUACGCCAGCUCCCAGACCCAGCCGUGGAAGAGCCAGGAGAGAUGGUCGCGCGGCGCCUCAGACCGGUUUCAGAACGACAGAAGAGAAAUGAGAGACGAGCAGAGUGCGACAACCAACCCCCCGGCUUCUGUCACCCAUUCAAAAGAACCCCAGCAGCAGCUGGAAUUCAGCGGACCGUACCAACAACGUUACCGAAAUGAAGACGGCGGAGCGAACGUGUCUGGCCCGUCUCACAGGAGAGGGGUGAAAGAGAACAGCUCCUCUUACAAACAGAACAUUUCUGAAGGAAGUGAAGAUGGUCACGUUAGUAACAAACACACAGAACGAAAUGAAGAAGCCAGCAACGGGAGGAGGAAAGGGAAGCUCGACCGACCAAACUCAGACCACUUCGAUCGGCAAAGGGACGGCGGGCCACUGAUAUUUAACUCCAAAGGGGGAAACUCAGGGACUCCUCAAGUAGUGGGAUUAACACAAGGCUCGGGAACAGUAACAGGGAACCCUUCACAUUUCCAAAAUGGAGUGCUGGAGAAUAAAAGAACUGGGCCCAUUAAACCACCAAACUCGUCUUAUCCCCCUUAUAGAGAUCAGGUACCCAAGAGAAACUCUUCUAAUAACCAGGGACCUAAAAAACGGACAGGGCAAGGCAAAAAUCAGGGCCCUCGAGGACCCGAAAAGAGUCAUUUCCCCGAGUUCAACUGGAGGCCUGGAGACCAGUGCCUGGCCCUGUACUGGGAAGACAGCAAGUUCUAUCAUGCCAGAAUAGAUGCCGUUCAUCCGUCUGGCUCUACAGCUGUGGUUGUGUUCAGCGAUUACGGAAACUGUGAAGAGGUCCUCCUGCACAACAUCAAACCCAUUACUGCUGAUUUGUUGCUGGUUGGCAAUCGGUUGCAGAAGAAGAGGAUGGCUACUAUGAUAGUUCACUUGAGUUUCGCCGGGGGGGAGAUGGGCAACCGAGACGCACAAGACCUACGCAACAGUACUACCAGCCACCCAGGGCGCGGGAUUGAUGCAUCUAGAAGUGAACAUGUCCCUCCUCCCUCCACUUUCGGCAACAAUCCAGAGUGCUUCCUGAAUUUUUUUAAGCAGCCGCACCAUCGGGGCAUACAGAACUUUUCAAAGGGCUUGCACACAAUGCAAAAAUGAAAAACACAAAAAUAACAUAAGCUCUUGUUUAUUUUGUCCAUGACAUAUCAACUGUAUAUGUUGUGAAGAUUUGUCAAAUGUAUGCACUAAAAAUGAUAAAUAAAUAAUAGGAUGUAGCAGGUUGGUUUUAAUGUGUAUUUUUCUGUCAUCAGACUUUGCGACAAAUAAAGUAAUUCAGGAUUGAUACGGA